UUUGGUUCUUGCAGGACUAGGGACCCCUUUGUGCUGUGAUAACUGGCUGUGUCGCCGCGGCAGCGAGCGGUACAACACAGCAAUAGACCGCUGCGCGUAUUUCUUUGCACUAGACUGAGUUGCACUGAGUUACUUCGCUCCAGAUGAGUUUCACUGAGUUUACAUCCGGGUUUUUUCCCUAGGCAAUGGGAGUCGUAGCACCCCCGUUCCUUAGGCAAAGUGAAAUAAAUUCGCCGCACCGUCACACAAAGUAGUCCACUCUCGCAAACAGAAUUUCACAUCGCGGUUCUGUGGGUACCGCCGCUAACCUCCCCGUUUUAACGGGUUUCCGAGGUCGCUGAAUCGAUCUGAGCGGGUCUCGAUACGUUUUUUAGCAUUUGCUCCUCAGUUCCCCGGCCCCCCUUCAAGCUCCCUCUUCCUGCGCGGAUUGAUAAGCAGUGUGCUCAGGCCGGGGGUGAAUGAGAUUGAAGAAGAGUUCUUGUUUUGUAUCUCAGUUUCUCUCUUUUUUAGAGAAAAUUUAAAAAAAAUCAAAUAAAACAAAAAAUGCAGUUAUAACUCAAUGGAGGCGAUUUAAACCUUUUCUGCUCAAAUUUUCUAUCCGUGUAAGGAUACGGCAGAUAGAGACUGGAGUGUCUGUAAAUAUUUAUUUAAAUAAUUUGUGUGUGUGAGGAGAGAAGCUGCUGACUGUGUGCUGCUCAAGAGUGAAAGAGAAGGAGGGGGGCUGGAGUGAGAAGAGACCAGUUUGUGCAGCCAGGUGGCCAAAAGCUCCCAGGACUGAGAUACAGAGAGAAGAGAUUAAUGAUGGAGCUUCAGACUUUACAGGAGGCACUGAAAGUGGAAAUACAAGUCCAUCAGAAACUAGUUGCCCAGAUGAAGCAAGAUCCACAGAACGCAGAUUUGAAAAAGCAGCUGCACGAACUCCAAGCCAAGAUCACCGCUCUGAGUGAAAAACAGAAAAAAGUGGUGGAGCAGUUGAGAAAAGACUUGAUGGUGAAGCAGGAGCAGCCUGAAAUCAAACUUCAAACUCAGUCCGAAAAUAAACUUUUAGCACAGGUGCAGCAACAGUCGGAGAAUAAAGCAUUGACGCAACCAUCGCAACAUUCACAAAACCUUCCACCACAAAACCCGACUGCUCAGCAGAAGACGGUGACUUUAACUCCUGUCAUUGCCACAAAGACUCUACCUCUAAUGCUAAAAGCUGCCACCGCAACCAUGCCUGCUUCCGUUGUGGCACAGAGGCCCACUGUUGCCAUGGUAACCGCCAUUAGCACACAGAAAUCAACCGUGAACUCCGACUCUCAAAACUCACCAAUCAGUCUUCAGACAUCCGGCAAACUGACCAGUCAGGGAGCAGACGCUGUACGGAUAGUGGCGAAAAAUGCAGUCACUUUAGUUCAGGCUACAACUACUGCCCAGCCUAUCAAAGUUCCUCAGUUUAUCCCUCCUCCCAGACUGACACCUCGACCCAACUUUCUGCCACAGGUACGACCCAAACCCAUCACGCCCAACAAUGUUCCCAUUGCGCCAGCUCCACCGCCCAUGUUAGCGGCUCCCCAGCUCCUUCAGCGGCCUGUGAUGCUAACCACAAAACUGACCGCAACGUCUCUGCCUUCGGCCACGGGCUCCAUUCACCAGGUGCGGAUAUUGAACGGCCAGCCCUGUGCCACCAUCGCGAAAACACUUCCAACCGGCCAGCUGACUGGCAUCGUCAUCACGGCACCCGGGACCAGGAUAGCAGGGCCACAGACUCUCCAGCUCAAAGCCAACACUGAAACGAAGACUGUUAAAACUCAGGGUGGGACCGAAGAGAAGCAAUCUCUGAGCAUCCCUUCGACUCCCCCGCCUGCCCCCAAGCCCAAACGCGAGGAGAACCCACAGAAACUUGCCUUCAUGGUAUCCCUAGGUUUGGUGACACAUGAUCACCUUGAAGAAAUCCAGAGCAGAAGACAAGAGCGUAAACGGAGGACCACUGCUAACCCAGUGUACAGUGGAGCAGUGUUUGAGCCCGAGAGAAAGAAGAGUGCUGUAACUUACUUGAACAGCCCAAUGCAUCCUGGGACAAGGAAGAGAGGUCGCCCUCCUAAAUACAACACAGUGUUGGAGUUGGGGUCCCUCACCCCCACCUCCCCUCCUUCCAGCCAGCUUGCCUCCCCAGGCCCUGAAAAGACAGAGAUUGGGGGCUUUCAUUUCCCAACGCCGGCUCAGUCAUUACCUCUGCCUAGCCCCAGCUCUGGGGAUGGAGACAUCCACGAGGAUUUCUGUACUGUGUGCAGGCGCAGUGGGCAGUUGCUCAUGUGUGACACGUGUUCACGCGUGUACCAUCUGGACUGCCUGGACCCACCAUUGAAAACCAUUCCUAAAGGCAUGUGGAUUUGUCCCAAAUGUCAAGACCAGAUUUUGAAGAAAGAAGAAGCAAUCCCGUGGCCUGGAACACUGGCUAUUGUUCAUUCUUAUAUUGCAUAUAAAGCAGCAAAAGAAGAGGAGAAGCAGAAAUUGGUGAAGUGGAGCGCAGAGUUGAAACAGGAGCGGGAACAGCUGGAACAGCGAGUCAAACAGCUGAGCAACUCAAUAACGAAAUGCAUGGAAACCAAGAACACGAUUUUAGCAAGACAAAAAGACAUGCAGUCUUCAUUGGAAAAGGUGAAGCGACUCAUCCACCUCAUCCAAGGCAUCGACCUUGCGAAAUCCAUCGACACGAACGCAGAGGGCAUCUCAAACGGUACAGACUGUGUCGUCAACAACAACAACAAAACCUCAGAACCCUCUCCGCCCCCUGCAGUGAACUGUAACAGCUCUGAAGACAUGAAAUAACCCCACAGCAACGCAAAGAUCCUUGUUGAACGCUCAGAGUACCCACUCGCACCCAGAGGUGCCCAAGUUGCCAAUCAAUAUAUAUAUAUAUAUAUAUAUAUAUAUAUAUAUAUAUAUAUAUAUAUAUAUAUAUAUAUAUAUAUAUAUAUAUUUCUGUUGUUGUUGUGUAAUAUUGGACUGUGUUAACGGCAGAUUCCCAUCCAGAGUGCCAGCUUCGAAGGGGAAGGGGUGGGGGGCUUUUGUACCAGCGUCAUGCCAAUUUAAAAAUACAUCACACCAGUGUGUGCCUGCAACAGUCACCAAGACCUGUUCUGGUGAUUGUUCUUAGGUUGUCUUAGUCUUCAUUUCUAGCUAGGGAGAGUAAGGUCAAAAUGUCCAAAGACACUGUUAUUUGCCCUGGUGUUCUGCUCGAGUGUACGCGUGGAAUGAUAUUUAAUGUUAAACCAAAACAGAAUGGGUUUUAAUAUGUUGAACACAGUAUUUAUUUGAAGAUGAGGAGAACAGAAGUAUUGCGGCAUUUUUGGUAACCAAAAUACUUUGGGCAUUGAUGGAUCGCUACAUAAGAAACCAUGGGUUGGUUAAUUAUCCCUUCCCCGAAACACUGUGGUACUGUACAGUGUAGGGCCCUCCCUAGAUACCACCACCACAAAAUGACGAACGUCCAAAGUCACCACUGCUGUUGGUGAAGCACACAAAAGCAGCACAUGGUACUGUUUCAGAUUGCUGCUGUUGUGUUUUUUUUUUUUAUAAUAAUAAUUUUAAAAAAAGUAAGAAAGCUCAUUUAUUUACAGGUUGGCCAGUGUGACAAAGGAGCAGCACCAGAACAUGCAUGGUAAUUUAUAGGAAAUAGUGUCAGUCCUAUGUAGUGAGUUUUGUGAGUCAGUGUCAACAAAGCAAGGACGCAAUCUCAAAGAUUAUUUAUUUCUGGGGAUUUUUUUAAUAGAAAAAAAAAAUAUUCAGGUCUUCCUAGUGUUAUUUAAAAUAAUAAUAAUAAAAAAAAGAUCAAGAAAAAAAAGUGCUUUUCUGUUUCCAAAAACAGCAAUUUCUAUUAAAAGGGUGUUAGAACUGGAGUUGUUUCUGUACAUAGUUUUGUUUUUCGUUUUUUUAAAAGAAAAUGUUCUUUGUAUAUAAAAUACACUUGAUGUCUGUUAAAUUCUGAACUGCCAAAUGCUAUUAUAUCCAAAUCCAGCAGGGAAUUGUCUUGUAAUAUCAUUUUAAAAUAAAAAAAAAAAAACGAAAUCCACAAGGUUUUUACCAUUUUAAGGAAAAAAUGCAAUUAGGAGCCCCUGGCAACAAAUCAUUAAAGCUUGUUGCACCAAGCUAGACUUUUUUGUUAAUAAUCGUCGAUCCUUUAAAAGUGUUGCACCGUAAUGUUUAUAACGAUGAACUGGAAUGUCUUAAGGGUUAAAGAUGUUGGACUCCCUUUUUACAAAGAAGCAGAGAUACUUAGGAGAGGAACUAGUAAAACCAUUGGAAUCUAAAAAGCCCAGGCUUGUCGUAAAGAAAACCUGUUUAAAAGAAAAUAAUAAAAAAGGAGAACUUUCUUCUCUUUUUUUUUUAAUAUGCAUUUUGUUUUGAAAAGCCGAUUCAUUAGGGAAAGGUACCUUUUUAAAGGUGGGCUGAGCAUUGUUUUGAAAUGUUCGUUUCUGUCGUUUAAAAGUGGGGGGGGGGGUCUCUGGUUUGCAUACUGUUGUCUUGAGGAGGAGGAGGAGACUUUGUUGCUAAACUCGCAGAUUCACUAUCAAGCUGCUGCAUGUAAACCUGUUGUUUAUUUUGCAGCAGUCCUGAUUUCUGAAAUCCAGAUUAAUUGAAGUAUCUCACAUGGACUUCUAGAUUCUUAUGAAUUCUGGUAGUUAUGUUUAUAGAGAUAUUUAUGCAGGCUACUUAGUUUAAUGAUGCUGUACAGCAUAUGUUUGUGAGACAUUGCUAAAGAAAAAGAAACUUAAAGGACCUGCAAGAAAAAAAAAGGUGAUGCAAUUUGUUUUAAAUAUAAAAAUAAUAAUGACAAUAAUACAAAAAAAUAAUUUUAAAUGCAAUGUGUAGGUUUCCCGCAAACUAGAGAGAAGAGUCUCCAGAUGAUAAAGUGGACAGCCCGAGUUUGUAUCAUUGAAAGGGAAUGCUGCACAAAAAAAAAAAAAAAUACAGUUUUCAGAUGCUGUAAAUACCUCUAGUGUUUUAAAGUGACGUGUUAAUUGAUGGUUUAUUGAAACAUGACAUAUCGAGUUUAUAUCAAAAGCAAUUACAUAUCCUAAGCACAUGCACCAGUUCAAGGCCAGUUGGGUUUUAAACAAAUAAAAUAAAUUCUUACGGAGUGAGAAAGAUAUCCAAGACAAUAAUCCCUGGGAAUACGGACAUGCUGUUUGACCAGGUCAAUCUGACGUGUGCUUCGUCAUCCAUACUUUGCACAUGAUUUACUUGAGUUUUUAGGUUUUCCGUAGCAGAACUUGCUACCAAGAUUGGCACCUUUUUUUAAAAUAAUUUAAGGUAUUGUUAAAAAUAUAUAUAUAUGUAUAUAUAUUGGUAAGUGAAGCAACCGAAGUGAAGCUGAUGUAAAAAACAAACAAACAAAAAAAAGAAACAGAGGUAUAUGUUUGUUUUUAUUGGCCCCUGUGAAGUUUUGAUCGUAUUGUUGAGACCUCUUAGAAAAGUAGAUCCUAAGUUCUUCUGUAUUACCAAUGGCAGACUGACAAAACUAUUUAUAAUGUAGUAUUUUUUACAUUUGUGUUAUGUAAAUACAUACUUUACAUAUCUGGUACUCAUGCCUUUUUUUGCCUAAUAAACUCUUGCAAAUAAAAAAA